AUGUCAUCAUCCUCAGAGACGGCGAGUCCUUCUAAGCUGGAUCGAAAGCUGAAUAAUUACGCGCCACUUGAACCCACGGACAAAAUUAAGGACUUCUUCCGUGACUUCUUCAAGAUCCUUCCUCCCGACGGAAAAAAACAUCUGGUGGAGGACGUUUUAGGGUGUGCAAACGAUGAGAAGCUUCGGCAACUGGCCCAAAGCAUCAGAACCGGGCUGUUGAUUCCUAUGAAAGCACAGGGUGGAAAAACACCCACUGAAAUCACUCCCUCCCCGCGUCCUGGUGUUGAAGAUUCAAUCGAGGAUCUUAAAAGCCAAGACAUCAACUCUACCAGUAGAAGCGUUCAGUCGCAACUCCGGUCCCACUGUUUAGAAAGAGAUGGUAACAAAUGUCUUGCAUCGGGGUAUUACAGUUACCUUCACCCCUAUCCACAAAACGCAGAAACGGCCCGUCUUGAAGCAGCCCACAUUAUUCCAUUUGCACUUGGAUCCUUCGAUGCAAAUAGCGGCGAGGCUGUGGAUAGACACGCAAAGAUUUGGGUCAACCUCAGGCGCUACUUUCCAGCUCUUCGCCGAAUGUCCUUUACCUCAGAACAGAUUAAUUCAGAAAAGAACGUCAUGAUGCUAGACACCCUCAUUCACGCUGAAUUCGGACAGUUUAACCUCAUUUUUGAGGCAACCGGAAUUACGCACCAAUAUCGAAUCAAGACCUUUCCAGGAAUUCCGACCAGGUCAAUAGAGGGUUUACCUAGAAAUCGGCUUGUUAAGUUUCGAGUUCAUAAAGGAAGUUGGGAACUUCCACACCCUAAACUUCUCGAACUCCACGCUUCCAUUGGAAACUUCCUACACAUGAGUGGCCAGGCGGAGAUAAUUGACAAGGUUUUAAGGGAUUUUGAAGAUUGUGGUGGGCUUGCCCCAAAUGGAAGCACCAACAUCGAAGACCUUUUUGCAGUGAGCAGCCUCUCACUAGUACCCUCGAAUAUCAACGAAACUCCCGAUUCCCAAAGGUCUGCAGAGAAGCAACGUCCUUCGGAGAAGCAAGAUGCAGCGAGCGGCCUCUCACUGCUAUCCCCGAAUGCCAAUGAAACUCCCGACUCCCAAAGGUCUGCAGAGAAGCAACGUCCUACGGAGAAGCAAGGGUGCCCACGGGCGAAAUCUUCUGACACUGAGAAUAAACCUUGGGCAUACUAA